AUGGCAGUGGAGUAUUCAUGUUGUGAUUCACAGUUCUUCAUAAGAAUCGCGAUAUGCAUAAUACUGGUGUUGUUUGCUGGGUUGAUGUCUGGACUCACCCUUGGACUCAUGUCCCUUAGUCUUGUAGAGCUUGAAGUUCUUGCUAAAUCUGGAACUCCAAAUGACCGUAAAUUUGCUGCUGCCAUGGAGGCCCUUCCAAUAUUUCUUGACAGUUUGGUAACAGCUUGGGCUGCUGUUCUUCUUUCUGUGACUCUAAUACUCUUGUUUGGUGAGAUUAUCCCACAAGCUGUUUGCUCGCGGUAUGGCUUGGCAAUUGGUGCUGCUGUUGCCCCUCUUCUAUUAGACCUUAUGUUGGGGAAAGAACACAAAGCAUUGUUUCGGCGAUCUGAACUGAAAACUCUAGUUGACUUACAUGGAAAUGAGGCAGGAAAAGGAGGAGAACUUACCCAUGAUGAGACUACUGUUAUUGCCGGGGCACUUGAACUCACAGAAAAAACAGCAAGGAAUGCUAUGACCCCAAUAGCAGAAAUUUUUGCCAUUGAUAUUGAUUCUAAACUCGACAGGAAUUUGAUGAAAUUGAUAUUGGAUAAAGAACAUAGCAGGGUUCCAGUUUAUUAUGAAAAUCCAACAAACAUUCUAGGCCUAAUCCUGGUGAAGAAUUUGCUGACUAUCAACCCAGAAGAUGAGAUGCCAGUAAAGAAUGUCACUGUUCGCAAAAUCCCAAGGGUUACGGAGAAAAUGCCUUUGUAUGACAUACUCAAUGAAUUUGAAAAGGGCCGCAGUCAUAUGGCUGUUGUUGUAAGAAAAGGGGAAUCAGAUCUGCCAAUCAGCAAACAUCCACAGGAAGAGCCUUUGAGAGAGGUGAGAGUAGAGAUGGAUGGCGAACAACAGUCCCAAGAAAGGCAAUUGAGAAGCAACAGAUCACUGAAGAAAUUAAAGAGCUUUCCACAGACCACCCAAGAGCUUCAAAGAGAAACAUCAAAAGGCAAAAAGAGGUCAAAAAAUGUGGAAUCAGAAAUUUUAGACAUCACAGAGAAACAACUCUAUGAACCCCCAGAAAAUGGAGAAGCUAUUGGCAUAAUCACAAUGGAAGAUGUCAUUGAAGAACUGCUACAGGAGGAAAUAUACGAUGAAACUGAUUACAGACACGAGAAUUGA